CAGGAGCCUACUCUCCUCCUCCUCCUCAUCCUCCUCCUCCGCCUCCGCUGCAGCCUGACUCCGACACAACCGGCAUGUCUGCAAACUGAGAGGCUCGAUCCGUCUUUUUGUUUCUUUCCCAGGGGCAACAACUUGUAUUUUCUCUGCCUCGGCGGCUAUAAAGGAAGAAGCAGGCUGGUGUUAAAACCUGCAGAGGGCUAUUUUUUUUCCUCUCUCUCUCUCUCGCUCUCUCCAAUUUGGCUGCAAAAGACUGGGGCGAAGAUCCAAAGCAAGGUCCAUCCAUCCCCGGUAACGUGACCACUGACGGAAGAGAACACAGAACUGCUUCAUCAUGAAUUUUAUAAUGAAAGCUGCAUUGGGAGGAGGUCCUCCUGAUGUGGGCAAGAUGCUGGGCGGGGAGGAGAAGGAAGAGGACCCUGAUGCUGCAAAGAAAGAGGAGGAGAGGCAAGAAGCGCUGAGGCAGCAGGAGGAGGAGAGGAAGGCCAAAUAUGCCAAGAUGGAGUCCGAGAGGGAAUCGAUGAGACAAGGCAUCAGGGAUAAGUAUGGCUUGAAAAAGCGCGAGGAGGCGGAGGCUGAGGCAGCGGCGGCGGCGGAGGAGACUGUGGCGGGCAGCUUGACCCGACCCAAGAAGGCGGUGCCGACCGGCUGCGGUGACGAAGAGGAGGAGGAGAGCAUCAUGGACACAGUGAUGAAAUACCUUCCAGGUCCGCUGCAGGACAUGCUAAAGAAGUAGUCAGUAAGUCCUUCACAAGUUGGCUUCAAUCCCAAACCGGCGCCAGAUUAGCAUUGUAUAGUUUCAAUUUUGUUUUAUUUAGCAUUGUGUGGAAAUGCAGCAGUCCGGCGUCACCGGCCAGGUGCGCCAAAGCGGAGGGUCUUCACUUCUUCUCUGACUACUUUUAAACUCCCUUGAAGAGCUUAAAGCAACAACACCUCGCUGUUCACUUUAAUUGUACAUAAACAAAAAUCUAUUACAAGCCUCAAGCCGGGCCAAACAAUCACAUCCAAAAUAUACUGAAUCCAUUUAUUAUACUGUGUCUCUCCGAAUAGAAAAUGUGAUGACUUGAUAAGCCAUAUUUAAAAAAGAAAAGAAAAAAGAUUUAAUACAAUGUCUGUGUGCUCCUGAAGCUAUUGUUGUGUCUCUCACCUAUUUUGCACAGUGUUACACGUUCUCUGUGAAAAGUGUCGUCUCUCUCCCCGCCUUCUAAGUGUUUGUGUAGCGUAGAAAAUGUUUAUUGUAUCGGAACUUCUUGUGUCUUGCAUGCCAUUUUGUCUUGACAAGUUGUGUGACCCAUGUAAACCUUUUUAACCCUCUUCUUUGUUAUGCAAAAAAUAUUAAGGCAAUAACCCCUCAGUUUGUGUGUUUUCUCAUGUCAAUAUAACCUCCAAUAAUGAUGCUAAUACGUAAUAAAGCAUUUAGGAUACUUCUUUUGCAAGGGUUUUCUUUUUUGUUGGGAAAAAAAAAAACUUUAAAAGUACCGUAUUUCCUUGAAUUGCCGCCGGGGGGGUUAAUUAAUUUAAAACCUCUUCUCACUCCUGCGCUUACCAAAGGUAUGCAGUAAAAAUUUGAGUGUGAUGUAAGCUUGGACCUUAAAUCCUACUGAAUAGCUCUUAAUCUUCUUCCCUUUAUGUGAUUUCAAAUUGAAAUCAACCUCCUCCAUUUUGAAAAUGAUGACAGGGGAAGUGUCACUCGUGACGUCACGAGUUUGACCAGGCGGUAAAUAUUUUGGGAAGCGGUAAUUCAAGGCAGGCGCGUACUAUAUGCCCUGUGGCAAUUCAAGGAAAUACGGUAUACAGUUUAUAACAACAUUAUUAUCAUUUUUUCAACAGGGUGAGAAGAGCGAUAGACUUUUUCUUGUUAAUUGUGAUUUCGUUUCACGUCCUAUUUAGGGCUAGAAGAGACCGUAUGUGAUCAUGAAAUAAAAGUGUUUCACUGAGAUUUUAUUUCUUGUAGUAUGGGUGUGAAAAAGGCCGCCGAGGCGACAUAGACCUUCAUGAGCAAUAAGGAAUUAUUAUGUAUGUUUCUGCCUGAUAAAUCAAUAAAAAUCGAAUAUCUUGUUCACACCA